AUGGUAACGCCAAUUGCAUUGGAAUGUCGUGAUUAUUCACGACAAAUCAUCGAAACGGUGGUACUUAAGGGCUUUCUGCAGACGGGCUCAUGGGAUAGGCCAAGGUUCGAUGCGGAUCGAUUGUACAAUGUGGAUAAGGAAAUGGCCGAGACACGGCCGCUUCCGUUUAACAUUCGCGAGACAACUACGUUGGAUGAUAUCAAUAACAAAUAUAUCGGUCGGCGACGGUAUCUCGUUGAGUUUGCUGGAUUCAAAACGAAGCAGGCUCCUAAAAUUAUUGAAGACAUCAUUCACCAAAGGGAUAAUGGGAUGUUUAAUUUCGCAUCUAAUAAUUAUUAUGGCAUAUACGAUGAAGAAAUUUGUACUACGGAUUUAUGUGAACUAAUGUUUGCACGUAUUGUUGAUGAUUUCGAAAAUAAUGAUGCCGAAGGAUUCGUUGGUAUCGAGGGAUGGAGUCCCGAGAUUGUGAAAGAGUAUGUUAAUGAAUUGAAGACGAUUAUCGCUCCGAAAAUCUUCGAUUGCAUAGCGGAAAAUUGCACUGAACUUCUUUAUGGCGAAUGUUUCUAUAAUUUUAUCGGUCAUUCGAUUGACGAUAUUAGGAAGCCUAUGAAAUGCUAUGUUUGCGGUGAAUUUGUUUCCGUUCACGAUAUAGAGGCUGCUAUGUUUGGUGAUAAACGGCGCGUUCGAACUCUUGACUACCAACGAAUUCGCCGUCUCUAUAACAACGUGAGAGAAGGUCUCAGAAUCCAAUCACGAGGAGCUAUCAAAAUUUGUCCCACACCAGACUGUGAGGGAUGUCUUGGGGUAAUUGAAUCCGAUGAAAAAGAUGAAACGUGCUUCGUUUGCAAUGAAACGUACUGUCGCACUUGCUGCUUGAAACCUCACACUGAGAGUUGUGAAGAAUACGAGAGACUACGCCAAUCUUCGGAAUUUUCAAUAAAAUUCUAUGUCAACACAAUGUCAGGCAAAGUAAAGCAUUGUCCAAGCUGUGGAGUGUAUCUUGAAAAGGACGGUGGAUGUAACCAUAUUGUAUGCAGCAAUUGCAAUUACCAUUUUUGUUGGGUGUGUGGAUACUUUGCGUUGGAAAGCAGACAGAUUUACGUGCACAUGGGUGACGCACAUGGACGUUACGGAGAUUUGGUAAGUGGCCUGGCAGCCACCGAAAUGCCAAUGAAUGCUCUGGAUAAAUCAUUGCGAGCGAUGACGAAUCCUUACGAGUGUGUGGAUCAAAAAAAGGAAGACUUCAUUUUUAGCAUCUUCAAGAUAGCGAAAAAAGAAGAGGCCUCAGUUGGCAGACUACUUAUGAUGCUUCACAAGUUCGGAUUGCGAGAUGACGACCCUAGAUUAUUACCAAUGAUGAAGAAAAUCGAUUACUACUUUAAAAACGAAGAAGAAAAGAGCGCAGAAGGAUCCGAUCAUAAGCAUUACAUAUUGGAGAAGAAGCGAUUUUUAGAAUGUGUUCGACUAAGCAUGGAUGUUGUAGGCCAAGUAAUUGCAAAUGAUCUUGUCAUUCCAAACUGGAGCCUCUUCGUAAGCAAAAUUGGUCAAAUAUACGAGGAAUGCAAAGAAAUUACUGAUGGAAAAGUCGCCACUUAUAUUCCACAGCUCGCUCGACAAGAUCCAAAUUUGUGGGGUGUUUCGAUUUGUACAGUCGAUGGGCAACGAGUUUCAUUCGGCGAUGUUAACACACAGUUCUGUGUCCAAUCAGUUUCCAAGGCUUUCAAUUACGCGAUUGCAGCAACAGAUCUUGGAGCUGAUGUUGUUCAUAAAUAUGUCGGCCAAGAACCAAGCGGAAGACUUUUCAAUGACAUUUGUUUGGAUUCACAUAAUAAACCGCACAAUCCAAUGGUUAAUGCCGGUGCUAUAGUAAUCACAUCACUAAUAAGAAAUAAAAUGAAUAUGGCUGAUAGAUUUGAUUAUGUGAUUAAUCAAUAUCGAAAAAUAGCAGGGCAAGAAUUUAUUGGCUUCAAUAAUGCAACAUUCCUGUCGGAACGUGCCACUGCUGAUAGGAAUUAUGCUCUUUCCUAUUUCAUGAAGGAACAUAAUUGUUUCCCAAAGGAGACCGAAUCCCUCACAGACGCUCUAGACUUUUAUUUUCAACUUUGCUCUGUAGAAGUGACAUGUGAAUCCAUGGCAGUUAUGGCUGCCACUUUAGCAAACGGAGGAGUUUGUCCGAUUACAAAUCAAACGUGCAUAGAGCCGAAUCCUUGUCGUGAUGUUCUUUCGCUAAUGUACAGCUGUGGAAUGUACGACGCUUCUGGUCAAUUUUCUUUCAGUGUCGGUCUUCCUGCCAAAUCAGGUGUGUCUGGUGUAAUGAUUGUCGUGGUUCCAAAUGUCAUGGGAAUUUGCUUAUUCUCACCACCGCUAGAUAAAAUGGGAAACAGUUGUCGUGGAGUAGGCUUCUGCAAAAAACUUGUCUCAAUCUUCAACUUCCAUAAUUAUGACAGUUUGCUUCAUCAAACUAAUAAUAAAAUAGAUCCAAGAAGACGCAACGUUCGCGAGAGUGAUCGACUGGUUCCGAUAUUCGACUUAGCUCGAACUAACGAUCUUGCAGGGCUUCGCCGAAUGUUCUAUCUUAAGGAAGAUAUGAACGCCACCGAUCAUGAUAAACGAACGGUUCUCCAUAUCGCAGCAACCGAAGGAUUUGAACCAAUGAUUAAAUUCCUUGUGAACGUAGCAAAAGUCAAUGUGGACGUUUUGGACAGAUGGGGACGAUCACCACUCGACGAGGCAAGAUUUUUCAAUCAUGGAAAAAUCGCAAGAUUCCUUGAGAAAGCUUGCAAUCGCCCAGAGCUUUAUCGUAGUGAAUCGGUGUCUUCAGUGGAGUCAAUUGCGGACGAAGUCGUUUCUCGAGCUUCUUUUACUAUUGAGGAAACACAACAUCAAUAA